AUGGAGACAAUUUCCUCUGACACAGGCGCCAAGGACGGUGUGGAUGCUGAGGAAGAGGAUGCUCACACAGUUAAGCAGCUGCCCUCUUCAGAAGAAGACGCAGAAGACCACACAUCUGAGCCACAUUCGUAUGAUGUGGGCUUUAAAAAGGUUUUUAAAUUUGUUGGGUUCAGAUUCACAGUGAAGAAGACAGGAAAAUCAGAACCCGUUCAGCUGCUUACUGUGAAAAAUGAAGCCCAAGUCCCUGAAGGAGCUGAUGAUGCAAAAGAAGUCGGCUCAGAAGAAAGAGCAACGCCUGAGGAUGCACUCCCUGCAGAAGACACCGCCAAAGACACACUACAAAAUGAAAAGACAGAAGACGAAUCUCCUAAAACCCCAGAAGCAAAGGAGGUUGGUUCUCAGUCAGCUGCCUUGGGCACCGAUACCGCAUCGCCAUUAAGAAAAUAUUUUACUCGGGUAUGGACUGGAUUUAGGAAAAAGAGGAGUUUCCGGAAGCCUAAAGAAGAUGAACUACAGUCUCCUACAAAAGAAGAGGAGCAAGAGAAAGAGGGGGCAAGGCUAACAACUGAAUCCAGUGAAAAGGAGGAGAAAUCCGAGAUGGAGAAGCAAGAUGAAGAGAGGAUUGUGACAGCACUAAGUAUGGAAGCGCAUGAAAAGGAGCAAACAGAAGGUGAAAAGCAGGAGUCAGAAAUGACUGUGGCAGCCACGGGAGCUGAAGCAAGUGAGAAGGAGGAAGAGCUCAUCAAGCCUGAUGAACAGGGACAAAAAGAGGAUGUAGCAGCAGCAGCAGUGGUUGAAAGUGCGGAGGAGAAAGAAGCUGACGAAGACGAGCAAGAAAGGAGACUAGUGGAAGUCUCAGGAGAUCUUGGUAAAAAGGAAGAAGAAACAGAAGAAGGAGAGAAAGAAAGUGAAGUGAGAGAGAAAGCACUAAAGCCAAGUUCAGUGGUAGCUGUUGACAGUGUGAACGGAGAAUUGAAAACAUCCUCAGAAGUCCUACCUGUGGGGGAAGAAAAACUGGAGCCAACAGAGAAGUGUGAAAUAGGUGAUAGAACCGAAGUGGCGUCUGCAGAGAAACCUGAAGCAGGAUCUUUGGCAAUGGAAAUUUCUAGUGAACAGCUUAAAUCUGAAGGAAGAGAAGGAGAUAAACCUUCUCCACUGGGGAAAGAAACAAUUGAUGAAAAAGCAGAGGAAGCAGAAAUGAAAAUGUCACCCCAAGCAGAAGAUAUCACAGGAGGAGAAGCUUCAGAUAGAAGCCCAGAGAAUAAGGAAAGCAAAGAACAUGAGACAAAAGUGACUCUGGGUGCUCCUGGAUUGAAAUCAUCUUCUCCUCCUGAAUGCUCAGUUGACACAGAGGAUGAUCAACAGUCAAUCAAACCCACUGAUGAAGGACUACAGGGAAAAACUGGCAUAGUUACAACUGCUACAGCAGCUGAAAUGACUACAGAAAUAACUCAUGAAGAGGCAGCUGGAAAGAGGCUUCCAGAAGGUAUUACCAAUGAAGCUGAAUUGCUGGCUUCUCAAGAGAAAACUAAACUACAAGGCAGCCCUUUAAAGAAACUCUUUACAGGUACUGGAUUAAAAAAACUGUCUGGAAAGAAGCAUAAAAGCAGAAGAGAAGAAUCUAAGUUAGGAGAAGAGGGUGAACCAAUUCAGCACUUAUCAGAUUCCCCAGAUAGCCCAGAAGAACAAAAGGGGGAGAGUUCUGCUUCUUCUCCUGAGGAGAUGAAUGAAGUGCCUUCUUUGGAAAAAUCUGCAGAUGGAAUGCAGGUCACUGAAAAUGAAGAUGCUGCAAUUUCAGAUAUGGAGCGAAAAAGAGAGAGUGUUACACCCUGGGCAUCAUUUAAAAAGAUGGUGACUCCCAAGAAACGUGUCCGAAGACAUUCUGAAAGUGAUAAAGAAGAAGAAAUUGAUAAGACAAAGGGCAUUGCAGUGCCUGUAACUGAAAAUGCUAUUGAUGAAAAUCAGGGAGAAUUCAAAGAAAAUGGGAUGGACCAGAAACCAGAGAAAAUCACAGAAGAGCCCAAAAGAAAGGUUGACACCUCUGUGUCCUGGGAAGCUUUUAUAUGCUUAGGUUCCUCAAAGAAAAGAGCCAGGAAAUCAUCAUCAUCAUCAUCUGAUGAAGAAACUGAACAUAAGCUUGGUCAAGAAACCCAAAAAAUAGAAGAGUCUGGACAGGGCAAAGAAACAGCAACAGAUGCAGUUCUUACUAGUUCUCAGGAAAGUGAUCAAGGACAAGGGAAUUCUUCCCCAGAACAAGCUGGAAGCCCAUCUGAAGGUGAAGGUAUUUCAACCUGGGAAUCAUUCAAAAGGUUAGUCACUCCAAGAAGGAGAUCCAAAACCAAAAUGGAAGAGAGAACUGAAGAUUGUGUUGUGGGAACUAGCCUGGAGCAUUCAACAUCAGAUGGUGAGCCUGGAAAAGAUGAAUCGUGGGUUCCUUUUAGAAAGUUGAUGCCUGGGCGUCGGAAGAAAAAAUCGGAUGGAAAGCCAGAACCGACUCAUCUUAAACAAGCAAGAGAAGAUAUGGCAGAAACAACUGAAGAAGAUUCAGAUAUUCCAGCUGUUGUUCCUUUGUCUGAAUAUGAAGCAGCAGAGCAGGAGAAAAUUGAAGCACAACAAGCAAAAGAUGCUGAAGUGAUGGGAGAACGAACCUCCGAGGAAGAGAAAGGAGAAAAAUUAGAGGAGACUCUAAGAACUGAGCAAGCACAUGAAGGGCUGGUCCAUGCAGUUAGUGUUACUAUUGUGGGAGGGGAAAGGGCAGUUACCAGUAUUGAAGAAAGGUCACCAUCUUGGAUAUCUGCUGCUCUGACAGAGUGCAUUGAGCAGGCAAAAGAAGAGGAAGAGAAAGAAGCUGAGAAAACAUUUGAAUCAGAUAUUCUCUUGGAAGAAGCAGUGGUAGCUGCUAAUACAGUGCCAGAGAUGAGAAAGGAUUUAAGUGAUGCCACCACAGCAAGCGAGCUAGAGCUAACCUCAGAAGCAGUGACAGCCCUGGAGGAGACAGCAGAAGCUUCCUGCACUGAAGAAACAAUGGAAGUGUCCCUUGCAGAGGAGACAACUGAGAUGGUUUCUGCUGUUUCACAGUUGAUAGAAACCCCAGAUACUACAGAGGAAGUUACACCUGUACAAGAAGUAGAGGCCACUGAACAAAAUUUGAAAGAAUUGGACAAACAGACGCAAAAAGUUCUUCACGAUGUUGCUGAAAGAGUAAAAUCAGCAGAUGUAGCACAGCUGGUUAGUGAAAGAACAGUGACAGAAACUGUAAUUACAACAGUACAAGGAACUGAGCCGGAAGUGAAAGACGUUAGAGCUGGGAACGUUGUAGAUCAGCAAACUGUUUUGCUUGAACAGUCCUUGGAAAAAGAAGAGCACAAGGAGGAUGGCCUCCAGCCCCAGGGAAGUGCAGAAAAGGGCCAAAAAGGAGUUGAAGAGAGUGUUCUACGUGAAGGCUCACAGAGAAGUGAAGUACCUGCUGCAGUGAAAGAGAGCACAGAAGGAGGAGAAAAUGUAGACGUAUUGAGAGAUGAGAGCCAGUGGCAUGCACGUGAAGAAGCAGCUGAGGACCAUGAAGAAAUACCUGAAGUGCAGAGGACAGUAGAGGAACCGUCAUCACGUGACAGAGUGUUUCAUGACAUUGAAGCUGUCACUCCCAAGGAAGAGCUGUUGGCAAAGCAGGAGCCUUCAGAACAAGAGAAACUGCCCAUAACAGCGUCGACAGCAGAUGAGACAAGAGAUGAACGUAUUCCAGAAGUACAAACUGCUGUGCAGGACAAGACAGAGGAUGAAACCUCUUCUGUGGGGCUUCCAGCUGAAGAGUCUGUGCAACUGGAAGGGGAGGGCAAAAUGCUCGCUAGGGAACCAGAGUGUGCAGAAGCAGUUGUCACUGUGGUCCCUGCCAAACAAGGAAGACAAGAUGAAACUCCUGACUUAGACUCAGAAGAGCAAGUUUGUACUAAAGGACUUCCUAGUAGGGCACAUGCCCAGAGAGAAGGAGAGGAAGGGGAAGGUGAUGCUGUGCUCCUUGGAGUAAAAAGCACAGAAGUCACUGUUACUGAGGUUCCACUGCAGAAUGAGGCAAAAACCUCUGCCCUUCCUUCAGAAACAGUUGGCUCAGAAGCAGCUGCAAAAGCUGAGCAGAAUGUGAGGGAUGAGGCUGGUAGGCACAUUACAGCAAAAGAUUCUGUGCCCAUCCUUGAGCCUCAGUGCAGACAAAAAACAACUGAAACCCUCUCCCAGGGUGAUGAAACCAGAGGUGGCAAAAUGGAAGAUGCUGUGCUCGAAACUGAAGUACACUUUGAGAGUGAUACCCCUGUUGCUGAGGCUCCCACACAGAUGGAAGUGGACAGCGUAUCCCAUUUAGCAUCAACACACCCACGUGUCAUGGAAAAUGGAAGCACUGUCCUCAGUGACAUAACUCCUAAGAAAUGUGAAACGCUAAGCAGCUUAGCUGAGGAAGAGGCUGGGGAAAAAGAACAAGAACUUGCAGAAACCUCAAACUGUCAAGACUUUCAGAAGGAAGAUAGCAAAAAUGAGCAAUCGAUGGAAAGAGGCAAAGAAGUAUUUGAAUCUGGGGAAUGGGAAGAUGAAUGUUCAACUGCUGUCCGGGAAGAGGUUUUAGAUGUGCAAGAGAAAGGCUCUGACUCAGCUUGCUUACAGGCUGAAAGCUUGGAGGCUCUGAAAGUGCCUGUAGCAGCUGCAGCAGUUGAAGAGCAUGUCAUGGCAGAAAUUGUAACGCCUGCAGACACAGCAGCUGAAAUUGUACAGCCCUUGGCAACCACACCCAAGCAAAUGGCAUCUGAAGAGGUCCCAGUUUCUACUGUUGACUGCUCAGGCUGUGGGACUGCAGAGCUUGGUAGUGCAGAAGCGCCUGAAUCUCAAGGAGCUCCUGCUUGCAUGAAUGGAAUAUCAGAGGAGCAAGAGAGGCCCCAGAGCCCAGGGCAUCCUGAACAAAAUGGUAUUCCUCUAAGUGACAGUCCAUCUUUCACCCAUAGGGAAAUUGAGAAGGAUGUUGUUCAGUCUUUGACUAUAGAGUCACAGAGUACAAAAAUUGUAUUGAACGCCAUCCAGACGGCUGUUCACAAACUUGCAGAAACAGAAGAAUCAGCUGCCUUUGAGUCAGAGCAGCCCAUUAAGUCCAUGGGGAAAAGCCCUUCAGAUACAAAAAUACCCGAACUUCUGGAAAGUACUCGGGUGGGUCAGAUUCUGGUAGAAGAGGAAGAGAUACGGAGUAAAGAACAAGAGCUCCAGCAGUCAGGAUCACUGAAAACUGCUAUAUUAACAACAUCUGCAGAAAUUGAUUCAGCUGUAGAAAAAACAAAAGACAUGCUGUUAACUUCUGAGAUACUGAAAGAUGGACAAAAUCAGAAUUCUUUAACAAUUGUGACUAGCCCUGAAGAUGUUUCAAGGGCAAGUGUGAGACUUCAGAAAUCAAGACUAGAACUAAUUACUUCAGAAGAUUCAUCCAAAGACCCACUGGAUACACAUCUGCCAAAAUUAAGAGAAAAAGAGGUCGGGCAGAUUAUUGAAAUCCCAGACCAGCAUACUGGUAAGCAAACAUGCAGAGAAGGUGAGGAAAAAGAGCAUCACCCACCAGUGGAAGACGGGAAAACGCAGACAUGGGAUGAUGAUAGUUGCCCAGAAGGAACAUCUUGUGAUAGUCCACAAAACCAGAACUUGUUGAUUCCUGAGGCCUUGAAU